UGGGGUCGCGGGUGUGGGGCCGCCGGGGCUCUCCGGGCCGGGGAGAGGAUUCCCUGCCUCCCCUUCUCCAGUGGACGUGGAGCGGUGCGGGGUGCCGCGCGGCGUUCGCGCGGGCCGCCAGGGGGCGCUGCCCCGGCCGUGAGGUGGCGGCGGGAUGGUGGAGAAGGAGGAGGGCGGCCUCAGCGAGGAGGAGGUGGCACAGUAUGACCGGCAGAUCCGGCUGUGGGGGCUCGAGGCCCAGAAGCGGUUACGAGCUUCCCGGGUGCUGCUGGUGGGGAUGAAGGGUCUUGGAGCAGAAGUGGCGAAGAAUCUCAUCUUGGCAGGAGUCAAAGGCUUGACCAUGCUGGACCAUCAGCAGGUUUCCCAAGAGGACACACGAGCUCAGUUCCUCAUCCCUGUGGGUUCCUUGGGCCGCAACAGAGCUGAAGCCUCACUGGAGCGGAUGCAGAACCUCAAUCCCAUGGUGGACGUAAAAGCUGACCCCGAGAGCGUGGAGAGCAAGCCCGAAGAGUUCUUCACCCAGUUCGACGCAGUCUGCCUAACCUGUUGCUCCCGGGAUGUUAUGGUGAAGAUCGACCAGAUUUGCCACAAGAACGGCGUCAAGUUCUUCACUGGUGAUGUUUUCGGCUACCACGGCUAUAUGUUUGCUGACCUUGGGGAACACGAAUUUGUGGAAGAGAAAACCAAGGUCGCCAAAGUCAGCCCAGGUGUGGAAGAUGGGCUAGACACCAAAAAAGCCAAACUCGACUCAUCGGAGACAACCAUGGUGAAAAAGCACGUGGUUUUCUGCCAGCUGAAGGAAGCCCUGGCUGUCAACUGGAGCGGGGAGAAGGCGAAGGCAGUGCUGAAACGCACCACCCUGGAUUAUUUCCUCCUCCAAGUGCUGUUGAAGUUUCGGACGGAUAACAGCCGGGAUCCUUCCCCCCAAAACUAUGCUGAGGACUCUAAGCUGCUGCUCCGGAUCCGCCAUGAUGCCCUGGAGUCACUGGGGGUUGGCGCUGACCUGCUGCCAGAUGAAUUUGUCAGCUACUGCUUCUCUGAAAUGGCUCCUGUCUGUGCCGUGGUCGGAGGUGUCCUGGGCCAGGAGGUGGUCAAGGCCCUGUCCCAGCGGGACCCCCCCCACAACAACUACUUCUUCUUCAACGGCAUCAAAGGCAAUGGGAUCGUGGAGUGCCUGGGCCCCAGCUGAGCUUGGGGCAGGUUUGAGGGGGUGUCAAGCCCCCCCCCCUUUUGGUUUUGGGGGGUUGGGAUGGUAAACCCUACCCCCCAGCAGUAAUGGGCUAAAUUUGGGGUGUGGCUGGCACCCUGUGCUUCUGUAUGGGGGUUUUUUGGGUUAAUAAAAUCUUAUUUCUAAAAAGUGGUU